CGACGACUCUAGUCGUUAAAAUAAAUCCACACGUGGGUUGCGCAACUGUCAAACUGAUAACUGUCUGUAUUUUCGAUAAAACGUGAAAUGGAUCUGGCUCCAUUACAGCCGUCGACUGCAGUAAACUACAUACUGUGUUGUCAAUGCGGCGUACAGAUCGAACCCAACCCAUCAAACAUGUGCGUGGCCUGUUUGAGGUCAGAGGUUGAUAUCUCAGAGGGCAUUCCAAAACAGGCAGUCCUCUACUUCUGCAGAAAGUGUGAAAGGUAUCUUCAGCCCCCAGAGCACUGGGUUGUUGCAUCCCUGGAAUCCCGGGAACUGCUCUCCAUCUGCCUCAAGCGUCUUAAAGGACUGAACAAGGUACGGCUGGUGGAUGCAGGAUUUGUGUGGACAGAGCCUCACAGUAUGAGAAUAAAAGUCAAACUCACAGUACAAAAAGAGGUUCUGAAUGGUGCAGUGAUGCAGCAAGUGUUUAUCGUGGAGUAUACGGUAAACAACCAGCAGUGCACUGACUGUCACAGGGUGGAGGCCAAGGAUUACUGGAGGGCGUGUGUACAGAUCAGACAGAAGACAGAGCACAAGAAGACAUUUUUCUACCUGGAGCAGCUGAUAUUGAAGCACAAGGCUCACUGGAAUACAGUCAACAUCAAGCCUGCCAGUGAUGGACUGGACUUUUUCUACCAGAAGAAAGACAGUGCCAAGAAGAUGGUGGAGUUCCUGUCUUCCGUUGUGCCGUGCAAACACGUGUGUGCUCAGGAGUUGAUAUCCCAUGAUGUCCGCAACAAUACCUUCAACUAUAAACACACCUUCUCUGUUACGAUUGUACCUAUAUGCAAGGACAACAUAGUAUGUCUCCCAAAGAAGCUAGCUUCAUCACUGGGCAAUAUCAACCCGAUAUGUGUCUGCUUCAAGGUCACUCAGACUGUCCAUCUGAUUGACCCAAACACACUCCAAGUUGCUGAGGUGAGUGGUCCGGUGUACUGGCGUUCACCGUUCGUGAGUCUGUGUUCGCCUCGUCAGCUGAUUGAAUACAUGGUAAUGGACGUUCAGUAUGUGAAUGAUCGGGAUAAACCUGUGAUCAGGGGCCAGGUCUCCCAAAAGCACGUGCUAGCCGACCUGUGGGUGUCGCGCAUGAGCGACCUAGGAGUGAACGACCAGCAGUUCUUCUGUAAGACCCACAUCGGGCACCUGCUGAAUGUAGGCGACACAGUGCUGGGGUUUGACAUGGGUAAUGCUAACCUCAACAACGAUCACAUUGAAAAACUAAAGGCUGAAAAUCUACCGGAUGUUGUGAUUGUAAAGAAGGUCUUUGGCGAUAAGAAGAAGCGUGAUCGCCACCGUCGCUGGAAGCUGAAACAUCUGAACGACGAACUUCACCAGAUAGAAACUGACACUGCCAUGAAUGACUACACUGACUUCCUGGAAGACUUGGAGGAAGAUCCGACCAUCCGACAGCAUGUCAACAUCUAUAAAGACAGUGACAAGGUCCCAGUUGACACAGAUGACACGGAUGAUGAGGGGGUUCCCCAGAUCAGCCUCCAAGAGAUGCUUGAUGACCUUCAUAUUGGAGAUGACGCGACUGGUGAGGAGGGGGCCGCCAUGAUCGACUAGAACUUGCUUUGAACAUUUUUUGAUGACCCUUGUAUAAACAUGUAUUUUUUGCCUUUAAAGCUGCACUCUCACAGAUUUACCGUUUUGACAACUUCAAUUUUUUGUCUUGGAUUGAGUCAAUUUUUUCGUAAAUAAUUGCAAACCAGUGAUAUAAGACAGUUGACAAAAGAUCAGAUUGCAGAUUUUCAUAUUUCCAUUCGAAAAUUAAUGUUUAUGGCUAAAAGCGUUACUAACGGUUUGAGAAAAAUGCAUUAAACAUAAAAAAUUUAACUUAAAUAUGAAAAAAAAAUUCAAACAAAACCUUCACAUCAGAGGAUGUUGCAACACCGGAGGAGUCGCCUCGGCUAUGUUACUGAAGUUCAUUGCAUUAGCCAAUUUGUUGUAUUAAAUGAAUAAAUAGAGAGAAAAUGUUUCUGUACUCUGUGUGGAAGAAAUAGGGAUCGAUGUGGUUACAGAACUUCUCUGAGUAGAAAUACUAAUGAAUAUAAUAACAUACCUUUACUGUAUCUCGGUAUUUGAACAUAUUGUUGCAUAUUUAAGUGAUUUAUUUUUUUCUGAAAAUGUAUUUGUUAUGAUUAUAAAAAUCAACUUCAUAGAAAUUUUGUGCACUUUUGAAUCUUGUUAUUAUUGAUUUGUUUUGGAAAAGAACCAUCUGUAAAUAAACUCCUAAUACUUGAA